AUGCGCUCGAUGCAGCAGCCCAACAUCCUAAUGCCGAAAUUGUUAGGAAAGUUCGGCAUUUCCAAAACAGCGGCUACGGAUCAUUAAGGCUCACUAGAUCAUUUGCCCAUUUUCACAAGGCACUUACUGUGUCCACUAGGAUGGGAAGAGCGACCUCACAAACCGGAAAACGAGCACUGCUGUUUGUCAAAGCAGUGCAGAGAAUCUCAACGUCUGAGCAGGCUCGUGAGAAAAUGGAAGCAAGAAAGGAAAUAUUUUGAGCUCCUCUAAGAUCAUCUGCGCAGUUGGUCGAAACAAGGUUCACGUGCUGGCUCAGCGACACCAGGCGCAGCUACGCCGUCAGCGGCCGCGGGUCAGAAUCACUUGUACUCGACAGCUGCGCUUCAAGAAGCGAACAGAAAUUCUGGUGUUGAACAAGAGGGUAGUGCAGCAACUCCCACGGUAGAUUCGACUGCGACUAAUGCUGGUGCAACUACUGCAGGUGGCACUUCUAUUAGUCAUCAAGUUCUUGCAACAUCAUCAACAACUACUCCGGGUACAUCUUCCUCUUCGUUAGCCACAUCAAAUAAGCAAGAAACCUCUGCUGGUCGUGCAACUGCAUCUACCUCAGUACCACUAGCGGUGACUGCCUAUGGCGGUGGCGGAUCCCCGACGGCUAAGGCAAUUCAAGAACUUUGUGGACUCCCAGCUAGUAUCCGCGAACGUUAUGGCGUGCCCACUGCAGGUGGAACUACAGAGCAGAGUAUUUAUGGUGUUACACAUGAAAUGCAUGAAGGGGAUCUUCUCACAUGAUAGUCUCCAGGUUUCAGACCUCGAUUCUUGGCAAUUCAUCUUUCUCACAGCGUGUUUCAAUUCAUCUUUCUCACAGCGUCCUAGGAUUCUACUGAGACCACUACAACCGUAGAAGAUGCUUCUUCACAUGGUUUGCUUCUUUUUGUUUCUCUAGGACUAGAAUGGUAGACUGACUAGAAUGGUAGACUCAUGCUCGUAUUUCUUGGCUCCUAUCUCACGCUUACCACUUACUUUGAGCGCUAAUAAAGUAGAGGCAAUGCGAGACAAAGGCAAAUGUCUCACGGACCCCCCGGCGUUGGUCGACCGGUACCGACUUUCGGCUUACCGCAGUCGACAUUCUCCUAUCGACCUGCUGUGCGGAACAGUGGGGGAGGGCCGAGCAGCGUAACCGCAGUGACGCCAAUCAUGUCUGCAGCGGCGAAUGGGGCAGUAAAAAUGACGUUUCUACAACAAGCAUCGGGAACUAGUAGUAGCACAGCUGCACCUGCAACAGGAGCAGCCUCUGGUGGAAUACACGCAUCUGGAACAGCAGUGUCUAACGGAGGUUCGACUGCCUCUAGUGCUGUGCUUUCCUCUCCAGCGAAGGCAUCCUCCGCUGCUCUGGCGUCCUCUGUCACGUCAUCUUCUACGUCAGUGUUUAUGCCUGGCUUACCCACUGCGCCACAGACUGGAAAAGCCGCGUUGCCGCCGACGACUAAUAGUACGAGCGGUGCGCAGCAGCAACCAGAAACUGAUAACCUAGACAUCACAGGCAUGCCAAUGGACGUGCUGAAAGCCUCAGCCGCUGCGGCAGUGCAGCACAAAUCCCCCAAUACAACUGCGGCAGCACCAAUGGUGCAACAACAAUCUGCUUCCAGUACUAGUGCCUCUGUUUCUGGUUCUAUGAUGGCUCCAGCAACAAGUUCUUUAGGAUUCCGUUUUGAGUUUGGAGGAGGGUUUUCUGCCGGUACAGGGAUGACUUCUACCAGUGGCGCUUCACCUGCCCUCGAACCACAAAGCCGAGGACAAUUAGCGCCACCGACUCUUGCGCAACCGCAAUUGAAUUUCCAGCGAGCCAAGCACCGAACUGUUUAUGAUAGAGGUGUUGGAGUAUUUCUUUGUUAUAUCGAGGAUUUUUUUAAAGCUUUUCCGUAUUAUAUAACGACAAAAUAGGUAAAGGAAAAAAACUUCUCCCACCUCAAGUUCCCAGCUUCUAAUCUACCACACCGACCACAGCCGCAGCACAAUCGCCUGCACUUCCACGACCACCGAUCCCUCAACCAGGAACAUGGAGCCUAGAGAACAUACCAGACCUUAUAUGCAUCGAUUUUGAUGACUGUCUUGCAUGCGCACACCUGUACCGGGACACAGAGGAUAUAGCUGCUUGUUAUGGUCGCGUAUUUUUGUUCUAGCAAACUGGUCUUGCCUAACAUACAAGUAGAGGUAAGUUGUCAUCGAUCAAAAAGUAGUAUUUUUAGUACUCGGAUUAUAAGUACUUAAAAUGCAUGUCAUAGUUGCUUAAAGAUUUGUACAUGCUGACUAUGACGCGCCAAAGGGGGUGAUCCAUCUCUUACUUGCAGCUGGGUCUACAACAACUACAUCACCAAAUUAGAGCGCCUCACAACAUUAUUAACAUUAACAUCUAACCUCCGGCACGGGAGAACAUGGGAGGACCGCAGCGAGUCGACUAUCUCAAAUUCCGACUUCGACAGAUCAGGUUGGACAAGCCUUCCGUGAAAAUCUGCAUUUUGUCCCUGAACCAAGUAGAACGCAUUAUCCCCGUACUCAAAGACGAAUCAGUGGCAUUGUUCGAAUGCUUUGAUCAGGUAUGAUAUUUGUGGUCUACUAUGCUUUCAUUGCAGAUUAUGAUAUUUCUUCUAGUUGUACUAUAGUUAGAAGUAGGAGUCUACAAUGCUUUCAUUGCAGAUUAUGAUAUUUGUUGUAGUACUAUAGUUAGUAGUAGAGUGAAUGAAUGAGUAGAGUGAAUUAGAAUUCUUUCUUGAUCUUCUUGUUUUUGGUUGCAGAUAAUUAUGACUAUUUCCUUUUCGUCUCGGUCAUUUGAGUUUUCCACGUUUCCAUAGAGCGUGGUGGACUCUCUCGACGUUCUGGAGCUCUCGUAUUGAACUCGAAAUCCUAAAAACCCGCAGAUUUGCGGAUCCGAUGCCCCUCCUUGGGGGAACGGCAAGGCUCAGCGCAUGCACGUUCUAAUGCGGAAUUUUCAGGCUAGAUCCGGCAUCCUCAUAGACGACAAUAGCGACAAUAUCAUGGAUGCACAAAGAAACGGCUUCCAUACAAUCCUAGAACGUCACAUCAGCUACGAAACACUAUGUCGACUCUACAGAGGAGACUAUGGGCAGUGAGGACGAGGAAGCAUCUUAGUGGUCAAGAGCGAGUUGAUCUGCUGAUAUCGAACACGAGAAUGCAGGAUUGCAGAUGUGGCCAAAAAAGAAGGAAUGAACAUCUACAUCAUAAGUGGAGGAUGUCUUCUGGUUCCGUUCUGUGUGGCAGCUUCUAGAAACAAGGUUUAUAACGUUUGCUUAUCGCGUCAUUUAUCAUAGUCAGGAACCAAUACGGACACUUUUUUUUGCAUUUGGAAAUAUUUUUUUUGGUUUGAUCUUUCGGUAGAGUUUCUGUGGCAUUGAGAAACAAAUGAACCUAUAGUACGGGGAAAGUCGGGCGACACUGUCUCUUGGAAGACGAGGGGCUUGUAAGAAAGAAUUGAAUAAGCUGUAGCUGACUAUUAUUGCUGGAAAAGUUUAUUCAUAAUAAUGUACAGACUUAACAGUUGUCGACUCGAAAAGUAGCCUCCUUCUUAUCCGUUUGGAAGAAGAAGAAGGUCUGAGAAACUUCAGAAGUUGAGGAGGACGCAUCUGCGGUUAGAGCUUAGAAUUGAAUGUGCGCAACACUAAGAUUCAGAUAAAGGUCAACUCCCAAUUUCGUGAUUUUUAAUAAUGAACGUGUGAAUAUUUUUAGUUUUCGGUAUGAAUUUCUUCUCUGUGUUGGAUGAAGUCCACCAUGAGAAAUUAUCGUGCUAGGAGAUGUAAAACUACGCUUGCAAAUUUUUAAGACCUAGCUAGCUUGCUUUGAAUGUCAAAUUUAGAAGAAUCAUGAUGACGCCUAUUGCGCGAUGAGCCGACAAUUCUAGUACUGUGAUUGAAAUUGUAUUCGCUACAAAAUGUACAAAUUGAUAAAAGAGGACUGAUCGGAUCCUGAU